AUGUUCAAGUCACUGAGCGCUCCGGCGGCUCCCCGAUUCGCACGGCUCUCUUCGAAAGAGGGGCACAUCAAGCACAUCACACUGCCGGCGAUGGCCCAAUCGGCGAUUCUGGGUCCGUUCGCCGAGUGCUCGGGGCGGAUGAACGUGCCGUUGGAGAUGAACGCGUCGACAAGAACACUCGACAACCUCGUCUCGUGGUGCUACAAUCACAGGGACGACGGGCCGUUGACGGCCGACGAGGAGCGCGGAAGGAUCGGAGAGAUGCCCGAGUGGGAUCGGAGGUUCCUCGAGUCGGUGGGCGGCGACGAACAACUCGAAGAGCUCAUUUACAUCGCCGACUAUUUGGACGUCCGGAAACUUGUGUUCUACGGCCAUAAAUUCAGGGUGAAACCUUUCUAAAAAUCCCCUGAAAUUUAAUACAAUUUUGUUGCAGGCAGAGAAAUUGGCGAAGAAACACGAAAAGACGUCGGCCGAGAAGCGAAAGUGCGUCGAAACGCAAUCAGACAGCUGCAAGCGGUUCCGAGGGGACUAA